GUAUGUGCUAUCGAAGGUUGAAGAAGAUCUCACUCCUUUCGUGAGCUCAAACUCAAUUCUCACUCGCGUCUCCUUUGCAUGAGAUCUGACACGAAUUCCUCAUGAAUCUUCCAAAGAUGGAAUCUUGUGACCAAUUUGGGUUGUGGGUCUUGGUUUUCUGCUUGAUAUUUCAAAUUCAAUCCGGUUAUGGGUUCUACCUUCCGGGGAGUUAUCCCCACAAGCAUGAUGUAACGGAUGAGUUGUGGGUGAAGGUGAAUUCCCUUACUUCCAUUGACACAGAGAUGCCCUUUAGCUAUUACAGUUUACCUUUUUGCAAGCCUGAGGGUGGUGUCAAGGACAGUGCUGAGAAUCUCGGGGAGCUUCUCAUGGGGGAUAGGAUAGAGAAUUCACCUUACAGGUUUAGGAUGUACACCAAUGAGUCUGAGAUGUUCUUGUGCCGGGUCGAAUCGUUGUCCGGGGAUCAGUUCAAGAUCUUGAAGGAGAGGAUUGAUGAGAUGUAUCAGGUUAAUUUGAUACUUGAUAAUUUACCUGCUAUUAGGUUCACUCAGAAAGAGGGGUACUUUUUAAGAUGGACAGGGUACCCUGUUGGUAUUAAGAUUCAGGAUGUGUAUUAUCUGUUUAACCAUCUCAAGUUCAAUGUUCUCAUCCAUAAGUAUGAGGAGACCAAUGUGGCUCGUGUUAUGGGGACCGGUGAUGGUGCAGAAGUGAUCCCAAUUGGCAAGGAGGGAUCUUCUGAUAAGCCUGGAUACAUGGUUGUUGGGUUUGAGGUUGUUCCUUGCAGUAUUAUGCAUAAUGCUGAUUCUGUGAAAAAUUUGAAGAUGUAUGACAAAUAUCCAUCACCGAUCAAAUGCGAUCCGUCCACUGUGGCAAUGCCUAUCAAAGAAGGGCAGCCGGUUGUUUUCACCUAUGAGGUCACCUUUGAGGAGAGUGACAUCAAAUGGCCAUCUAGAUGGGAUGCAUACUUAAAGAUGGAGGGAGCUAAAGUACAUUGGUUCUCUAUCCUUAAUUCACUUAUGGUAAUCACUUUUCUCGCUGGUAUUGUUCUUGUGAUCUUCCUGAGGACUGUUAGGAGGGAUCUGACCCGUUAUGAGGAGCUUGAUAAGGAGGCUCAAGCACAGAUGAAUGAAGAGUUAUCUGGUUGGAAGCUUGUUGUAGGAGAUGUUUUCCGCGCUCCAUCGAAUCCUGCUUUGUUGUGUGUAAUGGUUGGGGAUGGGGUUCAGAUUCUUGGGAUGUCUGUUGUUACAAUAUUGUUUGCUGCACUUGGAUUCAUGUCACCAGCCUCUCGCGGAACACUUAUCACAGGCAUGCUGUUUUUCUAUAUGAUACUUGGUAUUGCUGCUGGUUAUGUUGCUGUUCGGUUAUGGAGGACAAUUGGUUGUGGUGAUCAGAAGGGUUGGGUUUCGGUCGCGUGGAAGGCUGCAUGUUUCUUUCCCGGCAUUUCCUUUUUGAUCCUUACAACCUUGAACUUCCUAUUGUGGGGAAGCCACAGCACAGGAGCCAUUCCAUUUUCGCUCUUUGUAAUACUAAUAUUGCUUUGGUUCUGCAUUUCAGUACCUCUUACCCUUGUUGGUGGUUGCUUUGGAGCUAAGGCACCUCACAUUGAGUAUCCAGUUCGAACCAAUCAAAUUCCGCGAGAAAUUCCCCACCAGAAGUACCCAUCAUGGCUGUUAGUUCUGGGUGCUGGCACACUUCCAUUUGGUACCCUUUUCAUUGAGCUCUUCUUUAUCAUGUCCAGCAUUUGGAUGGGUCGUGUUUACUACGUCUUUGGGUUUCUCUUCAUUGUUUUGAUCCUUCUUGUGGUGGUUUGUGCCGAGGUAUCUCUAGUUCUAACCUACAUGCACCUUUGUGUGGAGGAUUGGAAAUGGUGGUGGAAAUCUUUCUUUGCCUCAGGUUCUGUUGCCAUAUACAUCUUUUUGUACUCCAUAAACUAUCUUGUAUUUGAUCUCAAGAGUUUGAGUGGUCCUGUAUCUGCAACUCUUUACUUGGGAUACUCACUCUUCAUGGUUCUAGCGAUCAUGCUGUCUACUGGUACAGUUGGGUUCCUCUCUUCAUUCUGGUUCGUGCAUUACUUGUUCUCUUCUGUCAAGUUGGAUUGAAGACUUGAUACAGCUAAAAAAUUAGCUCUACAGGGAACAGUUUUUAUCAAGAGGAAAUGUUCAAUAUAUAUCUUAGUAUAUUUCAGUUUAUUAUGUUAGGGAACGUAGUAAAUUUUAUUACAUAGAUUUUGUCCAGUUUUACUCAACUCAUUGUGAGAUAUAAAUUCGUUGCAUGUUAUAAUUAAUAAUUGAUACUAAGUUUCU